AUGGCUUCAUUUGGGGGUAAAGCUAUUGGUGCCCCUACAGCAUUUGCCAAGCCUUCAUUUGGGAGUACAGCUCUCGGUGACCCUACGACCUCUUCCAUGCCUUCAUUUGGGGGUAAAGCUAUUGGUGCCCCUGCAGCAUUUGCCAUGCUUUCAUUUGGGGGUACAGCUCUCGGUGACCCUACGACCUCUUUCAUGCCUUCAUUUGGGGGUACAGCUAUUGGUGCCCCUGUAGCAUUUACCAAGCCUUCAUUUGGGGGUACAGCUUUCGGUGACCCUACGACCUCUUUCAUGCCUUCAUUUGGGGGUAAAGCUAUUGGUGCCCCUGCAGCAUUUGCCGAGCCUUCAUUUGGGGGUACAGCUAUUGGUGCCCCUGCAGCAUUUGCCGAGCCUUCAUUUGGGGGUACAGCUUUCGGUGACCCUGUGGCCCUUUCCAAGCCUCACGAAAGCUCGCCCAAGUCAAUAUCCAACGACACAGCACAUGUUGUGAAGUUGCCACGGGAAAGAUUGCGGCCGGAUCAUCAUGAAUCCUUUGAGAGAGCCACCCCGUAUCUACGUAUACUGUACGAAGAAUUUGUCCAAAACCCAAAAGUGACGCUCCAAAGGACAUCUAGUAAAGAGAGAAAGCGAUCUGCGGCAGCGUCUGCAGCCAUUAAGGAACUCGAUCGCAUCAGUGGGGGAAUGCAAUCGAGAGAAUUGCAAGAAUCGCACGCUGGAGGAGAGACGGGCCCUUUCUGUAUCGAGUGGGAAAAGUUUGGUGAGUUAUGGCAUUUGGCUUUUGAUCCACCUCUACAGUCAGAUAGGCAGGAAGUUGAGAAGGAAGUGGAGGAGAAGCUGCUGAACCAUGUUGAAAAAUUCGUAUAUCCAUAUGGAUGGGCAAAGCUACCCCCACACUAUCCCUGA